CGAGGAAGGGUUCCGGGGCUCUCACAUCGCCUGGUCUUGAGCUAAAAAAAAAAAGAGGUCAGAUACAAAGAUGGGUAACGGAAGGAUGUGUAAAAGGGUUGGGAGCCAUUAUAGCUGCAGCUGAUGCGCUACGGUGCGUGUGUGAGGCGCAAUGUGCGGGAGAGACACGCAGGGAAACUGAGCAAACAAGGAUGUCGACUGCUGCGGAGCAGCCAAAGCAUUGCCCUGACUGUGGAGAGCUGUGCGGUUUUGGGGAUGUACUGAAGACCCACACAUGCCAAAUGAUCUGUCUGACUCCAAGACGGAAAUCUGAAGGGGCUGUGAUGGCUCUUCCUGCCCAGACACAGAGCACUUCCUCCCUGGGGAACAGUGAGCUCAGCCAGCCCUUACAUCUGGAGCUCCUGGAUGCACUGAGCCUGGCUCCUUCAGCCACUGCUCCUCUGGCUCAGCUGCUUGUCCACCAGUGCACUCCCUCAGUCCUGUCCUCCACUGCCUCUCCCCCACUCUCUCCGUUCUCCAGGCCUGAGCGAGCACUAGCCCAGAUGAGCACACCAUGGCUAGCCAGGUUAGCCAUGGAGGCUGGGCUCCAGCAGCUGACUCUGGAGGUUCAGGAGCAUGUGUCCAUGCGGCUGGGGUCCUUGCAGGAAGAGGUGAAGAGGAGGAGUGCGGAGGUGCACAGGGCUCAUAGAGAAAGUGAGAGAAUGGAGAAGGAAAAGCAGGAAGCCGAGGAAAAGGCGGCUGAGUUGGAGCGCCAGGUGGAGGUUUCUGUGGAGAUGCUAGCAAGCCUGAGGCAGGAGCUGAUGGAGCGGGAAGAGGAGCUCAGCCUCAAACAACAAGAGGUUUGUGAUUUGGACAGGUUUGUCCAAGAGACCGCUCUGAGGGAAGCGAGCGCUAAGAUUCGCCUGCAGAGCUUCAUCGAGAAUCUGUUGGAGAGAGCAGAAAGAGCAGAGCGACAGCUGCAGGAGCUGCACACACCCUCACACACACACACCGACAUCACAUCACCUGAUGGAUCCUUCACAGCUGCCGGAGGAGCAUUUCACCGGAGGAGCUACAGCGAAUCAGGGAUUUCCAGGUGUUGCUAUUCACGAUGUGAUCACACAGGAAGUCCAGUUCACAGGUCAGGGGUCUGUGAAGUGCUUCGUGAGCCACAGUGUUACCAGAGGAACCCUUCAGACACGGAGGCUGAUUCAGACAGCUGGUCUGUCUAUAGCACCGAGUCACAGGAGGGUCUGCAGCAGCAUUAUAGAACAUACAACAAGAGAGAUAACACCUCCUUCCACUGCCACCCGCUCCGUCAUGGCAACAGGCCUGACCGAUCAGUAAUGUGUUCAAAGCGAAUGAAGAGGAGGGCGUGGCUUUUCUGCGUCUUUCCUUACCUGGACACACACUCGCUCCUCAUUGCUGCACAGGUGUGUAAGGAUUGGUGGAGUGUUGCCCGUCACCCUGCAGUGUGGACCAGAGUAACACUAGAAAAUAGCCGCAUUUCAUCAAAGUUUAUGUCAACUAUGGCUCAGUGGUGUAGUCGGACACACACGCUCAUUCUAUGCCACCUAAAACCUCGCUCUCGUGCCAAGAAAGAGAGUAAAGAGGAGUAUCUGAAGAACACAAGAGGGUGUCUGGAGGAGGGGCUGGAGGCGGUGCUAAGGUCAGCAGGGCGGAGUCUUGUGUCUUUGACCAUCUCUCAUUGCCCCAACAUUUUGACGGACAGGACACUGUGGCUUGUCAGCUGCCACUGCAGAGCUCUGCAAAGACUUACUUACAGGAGCUCAUCAGAUCCUGUAGGUCAGGAGGUGAUCUGGGCUUUAGGGGCAGGAUGCAGAGACAUCACCAGCCUGAACAUCGCACCACUACAGCCAUGCCAGCAGCCCAGUCGCUUUAGUAACCGCUGCUUGCAGACGAUUGGCCGGUGUUGGCCUCACCUGUAUCAGGUGGGAGUGGGCGGAGCUGGCUGUGGUCUUCAGGGAUUAGCCUCUUUGGUGAGGAACUGCUCCGGUGUGUGUGUGUUGGAGUUGGACCACAUGAGUGAGAUGAGCCAACAGGGGGCAGCAGAGCUGUGCAGGGAAGGACUACAGCAGUUACACACACUCAUCUUCAACUACACACCUGUUACUGCCAAAGCCAUCCUGCACUUCCAUAGUGUGUGUUUGAAGCUGAAGUGUAUCAUCGUGCUCAUGAGUUCUGCUGAUUACUUUGACGACCCUGAGAGUGAAGAAGCGAAGAGAAUUUUUAGUGAGAUGGUCAGCAGCCUGCAGGCACUGAAGAAGAGACCUGGCUUGUCAGACAUCCUUCAGGUCAGAGUGGACCAGCGUGACAUUCUACCUGACUCUUAAAGAAACCAAAUAUACACACACACACACACAACAUCCUACCCACGGCCCAAUUGUACCUAAUGUAAAACUAGAACAAUGGGAAACAGCAUCAGGAUUGGGUUAUACUGUAAUGUUUAAUGUAUAACAGUAACACACACACACACACACACACACACAUACACACACAAACUUCCUGCACAUUUUUAGACCUUAUUCUCCUUGCAUAGAUACACACCUACACCUGUAUACACAUAAACACACACGCGCACACAGAUACACACCUACACCUGUAUACACAUAAACACACAAACACACAUAUGCACACACAGAUACACACCUACACUUGCACUCAUACGUAAACACACACACUUACUGCACUUUAUUCUCCACACUCAGAUACACUCCUACACCUGUGCACACAUACAAACACACACACUUACUGCACAUUUUUAGAUUUUAUGCUCCACACACAGAUACACACCUACACCUGUGCGCACAUAAACUAUAAACUGCAAGCUGUGUUGCCACGAUGUUGGAAGCACACAAUUGUAUAGAAUGUCUUUGUAUGCUGUAGCUUUACAAUUUCACUUCACUGGAGCUAAGAGGCUCAAACAUGUUCCAUGUUUGUUUAUAUUUUAAUGUCUAACAUUGUGGUAACGUGGUAACACACACACACACACACACUGCACAUUUCUAGUCCUUAUUCUUCGCACACUGAUACACUCCUACACCUCUGCACACAUACAAACACACACCAAUACACACACAAGUCAACAUCUAUUCACCCACACAUAUACACAAAACAUAAACACACACAAAAACACACACACACUGCACUUUAUUUUCCACACUCGGAUACACACCUAUACCUAUGCACUCCCCCCCUACACACACACACAAACAUGCUAAACAUUUUUAAACGUUAUUCUCCACACAAAGAUACAUACCUACACCUGUGCACCCAGACAUAAGCAUGAAAACACAAAUACACACACUGCACGUUUUAAGACUUUAUUCUCCAUGCAUAGGUACAUUCUUACACCUAUGCGCACACACACACACACACACUUACUGCACUUUUCUCCCCACACUCAGUUGCAUUCAUAUACCUAUGCACACACACACACACACACACACACACACAUACAAACUUACUGCACUUUUUUCCCCACACUCAGUUGCACUCCUACACCUAUGCACACACACACACACUUACUGCACUUUUUUCCCCACACUCAGUUGCACUCCUACACCUAUGCACACACACACACACACACACACACACUUACUGCACUUUUUUCCCCCACAUUCAGUUGCACUCCUACACCUGCACACACACUCACACACAGGCUUCUAAUUUUGUGCCACAACAUUUGCCAGUGAUUCAGAGACCCACGUUGGUUUCAUGCAAAACGAAGACAUUUCAAUAACAGGAAGUCCGAGUUCAAUAAGAGGAAAUAUGUCUUUAGGUAAUGACAUCACUCAGACUGGAUGAAUUAAUGUAUUCUUCCUGUGUUGUUUUGAUUUUCAUUUCAUAUCACACCUAUUCAAUGGUGCGAACUCACUUUUUUUUUCCACUUAUGCGGUUUUAUGCAGAGAUCUGAGAUAUUACAGUCUAGAGUCUGAGAACAGAAUACACUACUCUCAACUGAUUGGAUAAGAGAAGUGCUUAUUAAUGCAAUAGAAAUCUGUCAUAUAGACACGUGUAGUGGUUAUAGGUCUGUUUAUUUGCUUUAAGAAGUUAUUUUCUUAAUCAAUUUGACAAUCAGCUUCCUUGGUAUUAAACUUUUUAAGUGCUUCCAAAUGACUACUGAUUCUUUAACGAAUAGCAAAUAAAACUGAGCAAAAUUCUAACACUAUCCUGGUGUCAGUGCAAGACUGAACAUCCAGUAGCAUGAAGGUAAUCGUUUUGUUUGUGGACUUUGUUUAAUUUAUAAUGUCUUCCGAUGAGCACAGUUAGUGAAAAAAAAAUUAAAAGAGAAUACGUUGCGUGAUCUGUAUUCAGAUGUUAUAAUGAUCUACGGUGUUCCUGUUACAAGUGUAAAAGAUUUGUCAUCUCAAGUGCUUUAUGUAAAGAAUAAACCACUAGGGGCACGCUGUUAUAGGAAAAUAAUCAAUGAAGAGAUGGUGUGAUGAAGCAGAGUUACUGUUACCACCUUAAAGUUUAUUUGUUAUUUUAUAAUAACAGCACAUCCUGUAGUGUUUCAUUCCUCUUAUACCACAGCAAUUUUCCGACAAUUACAAUUUUUAUAUUAAUUAAAGAACAACACGUCAUAAUUUUUAUCCAUUUAUAGUCACAUUUAAUGUUGUGGAACCUCUACAAAAGAAGUUAGUUCCUGUUAUCACUUACAUUAUAGCAACUCUAAACAGUCGUGUUACCAAGAAACCACAAAGCACAAAGUCCUGGAGAUGUUUCUGAAAACUUAAAGUUACACAGUGUUAGAAAAAAAAACACACACUGGAGACUCCUUCCAUAAACGCUAAAUAAACAUAUCCUGACAAACAUAUCAACUAUUCACCAUACCAAUGAUUAGACAUUUUUAAAUCAGUUUAUAUGAAGCAUCCACCACACAGUCCCUGUGUUAGUUGUUACUAUAGAAACAAUAACGUAAUAGAACGAGCGCAUUACUGUAAUAUAAACUUUGCUGGCACAACUGUAAGAAUUGCUGUUAUAGAAAAUGAAUAAAAAAGCCCUAACCAAUCAGAUUUGAGAAUCCAACAGUGCUGUGGUAUAAAAUGUUAUAGUGCACAACAAAUGUCAGACACAACUGUUAUUCAGACGAAAUUGUAUACAAUCCCGAAUAAAGUACAUUUUCUCAUGUUUUGUGAAUAUUGUAGUAAGACAAAGAAAUAAAUGUCAACACUCUCAGCAUUUUCAACAGUUUUA